AUGGAGAAAGAUGCUUGGAGUCAGUUUGCCGCAACGGGAACCGGGACACGCAGCACGGCCAUCCGCAAUCCGGUUAUUCGCUAUGUCCAGAGGAUGAUGGUGUAUCUAUACACCGGCCAGAGCUCGAACAAAAACAUUGUGGACAGCGACAUGAUCUGGCGGAUAUGGGGCAUGCUCCAUGGCCACGCGAUGUGCUCAGACGACCAUUACGUUGAGACAUUGCUCGCCGUAGGUGCUCGGAACGAUGAGAUAGCGUUGGGAGGAUUAAUCACGUGCUUUGCCGAGCAUGCUGGGGUGGAGCUGCGGGGUCGAGUGCCGAUUGGAAGGGUGUCGACAUUGGACACAAGCUUGUUGGGACCGGGCCAGUUAAAUCUGCUGUUUAAGGAUAACGAUUAUUUUUGGCGGGUCGCCCAAGGCGAACUCAUUGCUCUGCCGAACCCAGAGUACACGAAGAUUCGUGUCAACCGCAAUAUCAAGAUGGACCACCCGACGAUGCCUCAGGUUGCAGUGCAGCUCCCAGACUCACCGAGCCCAAGCCAUGGUAUCAGCUCAAGUGUGGAGGACCAGCUGCGAAGACGAGUCGAGGAGCUCGAGGAGGAGAACAGGAGUACAAACUAUUAUCAUCUCAUCAGCAUGUCAUCAUCUCCCAACAAUUCUAGAACAAUAAUAACAACCAAGAAAGACACACUUCUCCUCUUACUGACAUAA